AUGCAAAAGAUGAAAACAGGGAUGAAUGGAUCUGAUAAAACCAAGUGCAAACCUUAGAAUCCAUAAUAAUAACCCAAUACUUAAUAGGCAUAAGAAGUUAUUAAUUAAGCUGUCAACAAUCCAUAGAAUAGUUAGAAAAAAAAAUGA